UUCAUUUUCAUUUUCAGUUUUAUGCUCUCUUCUCAAUCGAAGGGAUGGCAGAGAUCUGUUGCGAGAGCGAGGGUUCGUGCGAGACUAACAGCAGAGCCGCGCGGAGACGGAGGAUGGAGCUACGCCGCGUCAGAGUGGACCUCACCGUUAAACGACGUCGUCUCCAACUCCAAUUCCAACUCUCCUCCCCUACAGAUUGCGAGAAUAAGAAGGAUAUUCUCCCCAAAUUCGGAUUCGCCUCCGUUUGUGGACGCCGCCGAGACAUGGAGGACGCCGUCGCCAGUCAUCCUUCCUUUUGCCGGAAUUUCUCCGACGACGAUUUUUCCGCCGGCCUACACUACUUUGGCGUCUACGACGGCCACGGAUGCUCUCAUGUAGCUACGAAAUGCAAGGAGAGAUUGCACGAGAUGGUGAAGGAAGAGUUAGUCUUCGGAGAAGAUCGCGACAGCAGCGACUGGUGGAAGCGCGUGAUGGAGCGAAGCUUCAGGCGCAUGGACAAAGAGGCGGUUGCAUGGGAUGAGAGCGCUGCGACUGCGAGCUGCCGGUGCGAGCUGCAGACGCCCGAGUGCGACGCGGUGGGGUCCACGGCGGUGGUUGCUGUGGUCAGUCCGUGCAAUAUAGUGGUGGCUAAUUGCGGUGAUUCGAGGGCGGUGCUGUGCCGGAGCGGCAAGGCUAUUCCACUUUCCACCGACCACAAACCUGACCGGCCGGACGAGAUGAACCGGAUACAGGCUGCCGGUGGCCGAGUCAUAUUUUGGGAGGGUGCUCGGGUUCUUGGUGUUCUUGCCAUGUCCAGGGCUAUUGGCGAUAAUUAUUUGAAGCCAUACGUAAGCUGUGAGCCGGAGGUGACGAUAACAGAGCGGAAUGAAGAGGACGAGUGCCUAAUACUAGCUAGCGAUGGGCUGUGGGAUGUGGUGUCCAACGACACGGCCUGCGGGGUGGCGAGGAUGUGCCUGAAGGGGAAGGAAGGCAGCUCGGACAAGGCGUGCAAUGACGCAUCCAUGCUGCUAACUAAGCUGGCUCUCGCGCGGAGGAGUGCGGACAACGUUACUGUACUUGUUAUUGAUCUAACCUAGCGAUCCACCUCUAAAAUUACUCACUUCUUCUCUUUUUGGGUUUAGUUUUUGGUGUAAACGAUGGACUUACUUGUUUGGGUUAUAAUUGUUGGGCAUCUCAAUCUACUUUCACGAUUUUCUUUACUUAAUCAAUGUGUAUGUAUAUAGUGCGCUCACCUU